UCUUUUCUUGAAACUGUUUAUUGUUCAAGACAUCCUAAAGAGCGUACGCAACAUGAGUGCGUCGAUAGACAUUGAUGAAAUCGACGAUAUUGGGCGAAUGUCUGAGCUAAUGAAGUCUCGAGGUAUAUCGACAGAAGGGCUGCAGACAUUAGACCAGAUGAAACAGAGGGCAAAAAAGGCACUCAGAAUAUCAGAGGAGGUCUUUUUAGCGUUGACAGAGGCCAGGAAUGAAGUCGAGAGAACACAAAGGCUCUUGCUAGAAUUAUGCGUGAGCACAGAGGCCUGCCUAAAUAUGAUGAGUGACAAGGACUACGCUCUUCUGGAGAUGGGAGUCAAAAAUCUCAAGAACCAAUUGGUCUACCACAAACAGAGAUUAGAGAGAGAAGAGCACGUCGUGCUUAUUGCAGGUGAAAGAGAUCCGAAAAAAAGCACGUUGCUGAGUCUGAUUCUUGGGGAACAACUUCUCCCUGACUCUUUUCUUAGCACCUCUUCCAUUAUUUGCGAACUAAGAUAUGGAACAACCCCUAGGCUGAUAGCACACUAUAAAUACGCAGAUCCUGAAACAGGCCUUUACUCAAAGACAAUCCAACUUAGCGAGAUGGCCGUGAACUCUCAACAAAUCUUUCUUCAACAAACCUCCUCGUUUUUCCCUGAGCAAGAUCUGCAAGGUCCAGUUUUUGAUAAGAUCGAGAUCUUUUGGCCAAACAACCUGCUUAAGGAAAGAAUCGUCGUGGUUGACAGUCCAGGAUUUGAAAAAUCACCCAUGGUGGACGAGAAAGUAAAGGCUUACCUUUCUGAGGCUUUCGCAGUUAUAUGCGUCAUUGACAGUUUAGCACAGCAGCAAAUGAUGGAAGAACCAAUCAGACAAUGCAGAAGAGUAUGUCUUGACCAUCUAGAAAACUCGUCAAUUUUUCCUCUUUUCUUAUGUAAGAAUUGGGAUCGAGUAUCUCAAAGAGAGGCUGAUUCCAUCAAAAAUCACGUCGUCGGAAAAGUCAGAGAAUACUGGCCUGAAUUAGACCCAAAUUCUCAAAUCAUUUACAUUUCAUCGCCUCACGCCACAAACGAUGGAACAGUUGUCGCGGAGUCUGCGUUGCCGAUGGAUGCUGUUAAAUCCACCACCUUGCAAAACAAUAAAGCAACGCUGCAAAUGCAGUGGAGGUGGCUUGAUUUUGCCAUUUCACGUAUGGUCUACCACAUGAAAAUGGUUAUGGAUCUUCUUUGCCCAUCCACCGAUCGUAAGACCGUCUCCGAUUCACAUUCUGAACGCCUUCAUAACGCUGAGAGGCAGCUGUGCUCAGUUGAAUGCGAGUUCCAGGAGAAAUUCAGAAAACUGACAGACGAUGCUGUCCAGGAUCUAUCUAAACACCUCCAAAGUUGUGAAGUUAUGGAACAAUUUACUUCGUGGACGCUUGAAGAUAUUCCACGCACUGGAGAAAGCUGGAAGGAAACCGAACAGUUUAUCCAAGAUGCAUUUAAGGAGCGACUUCAGAACAUGAUUGCCGCGUGGGAAGAAAAAAACCAAAUUUUAUCCAGCACUCGCAGCUCUCUGGUCCAAUUGUCCCACCAGCGAUUUGAUGAAAGCAAGAGUCUACUUCCAUACCAAUACCUAGAGAACCCAGUCAUCGCGGAUGGUGCCACUAGUAGAUCAAAUACUUGCGUGUCUUCAAAUCACUUCGGCGCGGCCAAAAAAGUUAUGAUCGGGCUGACAAGUCCAAUUUGGGUUCCAUUUGGCCUAGUAGGUUUAGCUGUUAGUGUUCCAGUUGUUGGUGUCAUGACACUUAAAGAGAAAGUAACAAAUAUGAAACGUUCAAGAAAAUACGGAAAAGAAAAACAUAGAUUCAUCGUGCGAGCCUCCCAGAAAUACCUUUGCAAAGUGGCUCAAGAGCAACAGCUUUCGUUGAUGGUGGAAGAGCAGCUCAAAGAUGUUCAUGUUAACCUUACAAAAGUUUCAUCUCGUUUGCACGAGCUCUUAGCCGCCGACAAAAUACUAUGUCAGCAGCUCAGUGAUGAGACCCGCUCUAGAGAUGAAAUUAAAAAACACUAUGGCCGUUUAGGAGAGAUGAGUGUUAGAGUAAAGGAAAAGAUGGCCCUCUUUUCCAUUAAAGAAUUACAGAGCAUGGAAAUAAGUUGUAAUGACUUGAAGUGGGAUCGAGACGAUCCAUCUUCACUUGUUGGAAAUGGAGAAUCCGCUUCAGUUUAUCGGGGAACAUUCAGGUUACCAGGACAGAGCGAACCAACACAGGUGGCUGUGAAAUUGUGGAGUAAAGAACUGGACGAAUCUACAGCGAUUGGCUUCCUUUCUAAGACAGAAACACUGAGGAAGCUUGGCUUUUCCUUUAUUGUCAAGUUCUUUGGGACAGCAUUGCUGAAGGAAGGCGAUCGAUUGCGGGUGAUCCAUGUAUUGGAAUUGUGCGAGGAAAACUUGAUGAAUCAUAUUUUUCAGAAUCCUGAAAAUAAACCUGCAUUUUCCAGAAUAACCUCCGCCAAGAAUAAGGUACUGUGCUGGGCAAAGGACGUAGCUGCUGCUAUAGAGUUCAUACACAACCAGGGUAUUGUUCACCGCAACUUCAAGCUGGAGAAAAUCUUGCUCUCUCAAAAAAAUGUCGUGAAGGUCUCUGGUUUUCGCCCUUCCGAAGAGGCUAAGGUCAUCACAGACGAGACAACGGGAACCAAUGCAUACCUUGCCCCGGAAGUGAUCCUUUCCAAAGAACACGAUACUAAGGCUGACAUAUACAGCUUUGGUGUAAUGCUUUGGGAGAUGUGGUAUGGCAAGAGAGCCCUCCUUGAAAUAGGGGGACAUGUGCCGGACCAAGAGGCUAAGGGUGCAAGACCUUCAUGUGUACAAGACGCGAUCAUGCCUCCAACUGGCUGGCAAGAUCUAAUGCAGCGUUGCUGGGAUGGAAAACCCCACAAUCGACCAGAUGCGGCAGAGUGUCACAAGCUACUGACGGUGCUCUCCCAAGAAGUUUACACACCACCUCUAUGAACACUAGUUAUUAGGUGAUCAUCUUAAACGUAUUUCAUAUUUAAAGAUAGAAUUACUAGGCAACAAUAGCAAUUGCCAGUCUGAUAACAAACUCGUUCUGAUUGCUAUAGUAAAUAGAAGAGUGACAUACAAGGAAACAUGUAUUAUGUUAGAAUACAGUACCUGGCAGACUGAUGCUAGACAAGAACCCAUUUGUAAAGGCAACAAGUAUGAUUUCGCAUAAAAGCUAAAGAAAA